CCCGGUCCGGUUACCCUAGUAACAGGCGUCGCGGUUUGUCAAGGAACCGAGAGAAGAGACUCAAGAGACCUGUUUACCUCAAUCAUGGAGUCUUCCUCAAAGGGUCUGCUCACUCAGGUUACUCAGUUCUGGAACCUCCUCGAUGAUCUGGCUGAAACUAAUCCUGAGAGCUACGAGAAGUUCAUUCAACAGCAGCUGAAAGAAGGGAAACAGCUCUGUGCCACCCCAGAACCACAGCUCUGUCUACAAACCAGGAUCCUGAAACCAAAGGAAAAAGUACUUUUUAUUAACCUGUGUCAGUGGAAAAGGAUCCCAGCUCCCCAGUCAACCACUCAUCCAGUACCUCUAAGUGUUGGCAGACCAGAAGAUAUGUCUGAGACAUCAGAUGUUUAUACAGUCAUCGAUGUUGCCUACAAUCCUGAUGUUCUCCAGGCAGCAGAAAAGGACCAAGUGAAAAAAGAUCAAUUAAUACGGAUGACCAUGAAAUGCAUUGAGGAACAAUUCCAGUUCACUCUCUCAUACUCUUACAGUAUCACUAAAUUUAGAAUAAAAGGAAGCAUUCAAAGGAUGAAACAAAAUCUGAUGGGAAUGCAAGCUGACCCCACAGAUUUAAGAGAGAAAAUGAGAAAGGAACUAACCCCUGAACAGAUAAGUAGGACUGUGAGCAAUUCAGAUCACUUUCAGCUUUUAUUGCCAAAAGGUGAAGUUUCAAGCAAAACAAGGUGUCUGAUUGAGGAGAUUUCCAGUACAGAGAUCCAGGUAGAGAUGAAGGAACCAGCCUAUGAAUUAAAAAUUGUGGCUGACCAGAAUGAGAAACCUCUGGAAAUUGAAAUAAAAGUUGAAUUACCUGGUAUUAAUUCAGUAUCUCUCUGUGAUCUUAGUGUUUCUGAGGAUGAUUUAUUGAUUGAGGUCUCUGAGAAGUACAGAUUACAUCUGAAUCUUCCAGAAUCUGUGGAUACUGAAAUGACUACAGCCAGAUUUAUCAAAGAGAAAACUACCUUAAUCGUCACAAUGCCAUUGGUAUAAGUCAAGAGCAUCAUCUGCUUUGGGUUUUCAGUGAUAAAGGCAUGUGAAUGAUAGGACCUUCAUUAUGGGUGAAGAGGUAGUGGUUUACCUUAAACACUAGUAUUUUCUAAGAGUUCUUUUUGAUGGAAUGAGAUUUUCUCAUCAACUUAAUGUUUUAUCUUUUAACUUUCUCCUCAGACUUGGCUAGAAGCAGAAACUAUUAAAAACGGUAUUGCCAUGAUAUACUUGUUUUGAAGCUAUUUCUAAUGGUCUUAAAGUAACAAACUGUCAUUUGGGAAAAUUCUGUUUCCAAGUAAAUUGUGAAAAUUCUUG